GUUGUUUUGGCCCAAGCCGUUACAUCAUUACAUGCCUCUUUCUCUUUAUAAUUGCAACUCCAACAAAAACCCUAGUUCUUACCCCUCACUUGCUUUCACUUCCUUCGGCAGUCACAGAAACUCCAUAGGAAAAAAUGCCUUUCAAGAGGUACGUUGAGAUUGGAAGGGUUGCUCAGAUCAACUAUGGGAAAGAGUAUGGGAGGCUCGUGGUCAUUGUCGAUGUCAUUGACCAGAACAGAGCUCUUGUUGAUGCCCCUGAUAUGGUGAGAUCGCAAAUGAAUUUCAAGAGGCUCUCACUCACUGACAUUAAGAUUGAUAUUAAGAGGAUCCCCAAGAAGAAGGAUCUCAUUCAAGCGAUGGAGGCUGCUGAUGUUAAGAACAAGUGGGAGAAAAGUUCAUGGGGUAGAAAAUUGAUUGUGCAGAAGAGGAGGGCAUCCCUCAAUGAUUUUGAUAGGUUCAAGAUAAUGUUGGCAAAGAUCAAGAGGGCAGCUAUUGUUAGGCAAGAGCUUGCUAAGUUGAAGAAGAGUGCAUCUUAGGCAUGAGUUCAUGUGGAAUUUUCAAAUUUUGUUAUGAAUUUCUUUCAACUAGUACACUUUGGUUGUUAUAUGAGAUUUUAUGUAUCAUUGGGAGACAUCUUAGAAAUGUUUAUUUUGAGAUCUUUCAUGUUAGUGGAUUGAUUUUGGUAUUCAAGUCUCUGUUAGAGUAUCAGGUGCCCAUUUUGGUUUUUGCUUGCAAAUGUUUGAAUAUUGGUAUUUCAAAGACUUGUAGAGAUCUUAAGCUUCAAAUGUGAGCAGGAACUGCUUUUUAAUUUUCAUAUCAAGGUGUGUUUGGAUUUAUUCAUUUCUCUUUUUUUUUUCUCCAAAUUUUUGGUAUCCAUGUUUCGAUUCCAUGGUUUUCUUUGGCAAUUGGUACGGUGUCAUUGACAUUCAUGGUUGUGGUAUUUACCAUGAACUAGAUUCUGAAAGCAAAUUUAGUGUUUAGGUGGGAGCAGUUGCAAGCUUGAUUUUGUAUCGUUAUAAAACUGGUUUUCUUUAGAAAUGAGUUUGAAGUAAAAUUUGAAUAACUAAAUUCGAAAAAGGGAUUUUAGCAUAUUUUGACUUUGCUAAUAGUUGGUCAAGUGUGCCUGGAAGAAUAAAGUUCAAGAGGAACUUGAAUACCAACAUUUUGUGAGGGCUUGAAAGGCUUUAGUUCGAUUCCCGCUAUCAAUCUUUCUCAAUAGGCAAUCUAUGCAUAUCAUUGUGUCAGUACUUGAUAGGGUGAGUUUGCUGUCGUUCUAAAUUAUCUAUCAGCAUUUCUCUUUAAAUAAACUUUAUUUUUUCAAUUGGUUAAUAAAUAUAUAAGAUUGGCAAUACAUAUUCCUAAGCAUAGAGAAUGUGAAAAUUUUCGUAUGAGAAGCAGUGGGAUGAAGUCUUAAUCUAUAUUUCUAGGGAUAGGUAAAUAAAUGUAAAAUCACCCCCCUUCUUUUUUUUUAUUUUUUUAUAAAUGUUCUUUGUGCGAUGAUACCCUUAUCCUAAUUUUUUAUUCACAAUAAAGUGAGAAUCCCAUACCUAAAAAAAUUCCAAACCAUAAAAAAACGGGUAAUAUAUUGAGAUAAUAUCAUACCUGCUAGUGAUAUGACAAAUAUCUGUAGAGUAAUAUGUUUACAUUUGAUUUAGUUAUUUUAGGUAGUCUCUUAAUUAUAGAGUAGUGUUAAGUGAUUGAUAGGUACGGUUCAUAUCUUUAUAUGUAUAUAUAUACAUGUCUAUAUCAAUGAAAAACAGAACGGGGAAUACAAAUUUAUUAUGGUAUCAAGAGCCAUAUGAUGACAAAAACCGAAAAACCUCACUCUGAUUGUACAAGAGAAUUCCAUCUCCAUAUGGGUUUAGCUAAGUGACAAUAAUGGGAACGUGAUCACGCAAGUGCAGUUGCGGAGAGUAAACUAUAAAGAAUGCAUUUUUCGCAUAUGUCACGAUUGAAUGAAAGUGGAAUUAGCAAAUUGCAAGCAACAAGAAAUGACCAUGGUUUUCUGCUAUGGAAAACUAAAGACAUUCUGGGACGAGCUUGCAAACUAUUAGCUGAUGUGUUCUUAUGGAGGAUGCAAAUGAGAUAUUGCAUCUAAACUUGAAAAACGAAGAGAGGAAGAAAGAGUUCAUCAAAUUUUGAUGGGCUUAGAUGAUAUGAACUAUGAGACUGUGCACUCUAAUCUAAUAUACUAGCAGGGGACCCUUUGACAUCAAUAAAUAGGGUGUACUCCACUAUUGUACAAGAAGAGAGGAUGAAAACAAUUACUCAAGUCAAAGAAGAAUGGAGAGAAAUCAUGGAAUGGGUUGUUGGGGAGAAGCACAUGAUAGAUCAACGGUAUGCCUAAAUUCUGGCAAGUCAAGUCAUGAUGCUGGUGGCUGUUUUCAGCUAAUUAGAUAUCCAGAUUGUGGGGAGAGUCACCACAACGAGGUAAGGAUUAGUGGCCAAGGCAAAGCUCAACAACGAAGUAGAUCUAAUGUAAGAUAUGGAAGAUGUGGUGCAGUGCAUGCUAAUGUAGCACAAGUUGUAGGAGGAAAUGAAAGUAAUUUUGUAGUAGACAUUGGAAAUUUUGAUUGGCUAGGCUGAGCAAUGACAGACUCUAGUUGACAUAUUAAAUAAUCAAAAAGCAAAUAUAAAUGAGAAAUUGUUUUAUUAGGU